AUGACAACCUCUGAACCACUUCUUUCACAACCUCGUAGUCGUAGUUCAAGUGGAUCAAGGUAUGAAGCAAUACCUACAAGAUUUGAAAUACCAGAGGAAAGAAGACUUAUCUCUGAAACUGAUUAUGAGGAUAAUGAAUCUCUUAAGGGUUCUUCGUUAGAGGAAGAAGAAAUUUAUGAAGAAAGACCUUUGAAAUUUAAAGUUAUUGCUUUAUUAUGCGUUUUGUCUUUAGCUGUGGGAAGUCAUUACGCUGGUCAUACUCUUGGUGCUUUAAAAUCGACAAUCAAAAAAUCAUCAGUAUCAUUGGUUAACACAAUUCUACCGAUUCUCGGUGGGGUGUUUAUUGAUACAUUUGGGACUUCGGUUGGCUCCAUAUUGGCUACUUCUCUUAUAGCUAUAGGAAAUAUCUUUGUAGCAUUAUCAACUGAUUUAAAAUCAUUUGCUGUAAUGGUCAUUGGUAGAAUAUUGUAUGGAAUUGGAAGUGGAACAAUUGUUAUAGUCCAAAUGGCUAUUUUGUGUCAUUGGUUUAAAGGAAAAGGACUAGCAAUUGCAGUAGGAAUUCAGAUUGCUAUGUCAAGAUUGUCGUCCUUCUUGGCCAAUCUAACAGUGGUUCCAAUCACAAAGAUUACAGGAUUUUAUGGAUGGGCAUUUUGGUUUUCCGCAUUUCUUUGCAUCAUUUCAUUAAUAAUCAAUAUCACAUACGUUCUUUUAAUGAGAAUCCUUCAUGAAAAAUUAUCGACACAAGAAAUGAUGAAGAUUAAACAAAAAAGGCAUUUUUGCCCUAAAAAAUUAUUGGUGUUUCCUACCAUUUAUUGGAUCUUUGUUUUGCUUGAAUUUGAGUUGGGUAGUGCUUGGACUUCAUUCUUACAUAUCCAUACAACUAACCCACAUUCAUAUUAUAGGGAAUUGGUAAAAAAUAGAUGGAAUUGUUCUGAUGAAGUUGCGGCUUAUAAUUCUAGUAUGGCUCAGUUCUUGCCAAUAUUCAUUUCUCCUUUCCUUGGAUACUUUCUGGAUCGUUUCGGAAAUCGUUCUUUAUUCCUGAUCGCAUCCACAUUUUUUCUCACAAUAUCGAUGUACCUUCUUGGAUUCACUUUAGCAUUUACACCAAUCAUAGGAAUGAUUUGUUUUUCAAUUUCACUUUCAUUAGGUCCGGUAGCAUUAAUGUCAUCAAUACCAGUACUAUUACCUUUAGAUUAUAUUGGUACAGCAUUGGGUAUUGUUAAAUCAAGUUCAAAUAUUGGAUCAACAAUUUAUGAUAUAUUUGUGGGGAAACUACAAGAUUUGGAUAAAGGCGAUUAUGAUAUGGUAAUGAUUCUUUACUUAGGUAGUAGUAUAUUAGCUAUAAUUGUAUCUACAUGUUUAUUUAUUGUAUCAAAAAAUUGUUAUGAUGGUAUCUUGGAUAUGAGAGAAGAUGAAAGAAAAGGUUAUUACGAAGAAAAACUCAAACGUUAUAAUCACCAUAAUAAUGAUGAUAGUGAGAAUCAUGGUAUAAUGAAACGUAAACAACCUAGUAAAAGAAAUUAUUUUUAUAUUGAAAGGAAAUGUUAUUUAGAAAGAGAAGGAACGACAUUAUCAAUUCAUUAG